GCGUCCCCACCCUGCGCGGCCCCGGGGCGCGGCACCUACGGAGGCGACACGGGGCCGAGGCCUCUUGACUGCCAGCACUGAUUUAUUGUGCCUCAUCACUUGGAACCCCAUGCAGCCAGAACCCAGGCCUAGUGGGGCUGGAGCCCGCAGCCAAUUCCUGCCCCUGUGGUCAAAGUGCUCUGAGGGGGCAGGGGACGCGGUGAUGUAUGCCUCCCCCGAGUGCAAGGCGGAGGUGACGCCAUCCCAGGAUGGGAACCGCACCUUCAGCUACACGUUGGAAGAUCACACCAAACAGGCCUUUGGAAUCAUGAACGAGCUUCGGCUCAGCCAGCAGCUCUGCGAUGUGACCCUGCAUGUCAAGUACGAGGACAUCCCGGCUGCCCAGUUCAUGGCACACAAAGUGGUCCUGGCAUCCUCUAGCCCUGUGUUCAAGGCCAUGUUCACCAAUGGGCUUCGGGAACAGGGCAUGGAGGUGGUCUCCAUUGAAGGCAUCCAUCCAAAGGUCAUGGAACGCCUCAUCGAGUUUGCCUACACGGCCUCCAUCUCCAUGGGUGAGAAGUGUGUGCUGCACGUCAUGAAUGGAGCUGUCAUGUACCAGAUUGACAGUGUGGUCCGAGCCUGCAGCGACUUCCUGGUGCAGCAGCUGGACCCCAGCAAUGCCAUUGGUAUUGCCAACUUCGCAGAGCAGAUAGGCUGCACGGAGCUGCACCAGCGUGCCCGGGAGUACAUCUAUAUGCACUUCGGGGAGGUGGCCAAGCAGGAGGAGUUCUUCAACCUGUCGCACUGCCAGCUAGUGACACUGAUCAGCCGCGACGACCUGAACGUGCGCUGCGAGUCGGAGGUGUUCCACGCGUGCAUCAACUGGGUGAAGUACGACUGCGAGCAGCGGCGCUUCUACGUGCAGGCGCUGCUGCGCGCCGUGCGCUGCCACUCGCUCACGCCGCACUUCCUGCAGAUGCAGCUGCAGAAGUGCGAAAUCCUGCAGUCCGACUCACGCUGCAAGGACUACCUGGUGAAGAUCUUCCAGGAGCUCACCCUGCACAAACCCACGCAGGUAAUGCCCUGCCGGGCACCCAAGGUGGGUCGCCUCAUCUACACAGCCGGUGGCUACUUCCGACAAUCGCUCAGCUACCUGGAGGCCUACAAUCCCAGCGAUGGCUCGUGGCUCCGGCUGGCCGACCUGCAGGUGCCCCGGAGUGGCCUGGCUGGCUGCGUAGUGGGUGGGCUGCUGUACGCCGUGGGUGGCCGCAACAAUUCUCCUGAUGGCAAUACUGACUCCAAUGCCCUGGACUGCUACAAUCCCAUGACCAACCAGUGGUCACCCUGUGCGUCCAUGAGCGUGCCUCGCAACCGAAUCGGGGUGGGCGUCAUCGAUGGCCACAUCUAUGCUGUCGGAGGCUCCCACGGUUGCGUCCAUCACAACAGUGUGGAGAGGUACGAACCGGAACGGGACGAGUGGCACUUGGUAUCCCCGAUGCUGACUCGGAGGAUUGGUGUGGGUGUAGCUGUGCUCAAUCGCUUGCUGUAUGCUGUGGGAGGCUUUGAUGGGACGAAUCGACUUAACUCAGCAGAAUGCUACUACCCGGAGAGGAAUGAGUGGCGAAUGAUCACACCUAUGAACACGAUCAGAAGUGGGGCAGGAGUCUGCGUGCUGCAUAACUGUAUCUAUGCAGCGGGGGGCUAUGAUGGUCAGGACCAGCUGAACAGCGUGGAGCGUUAUGAUGUGGAGACGGAAACCUGGACUUUCGUAGCUCCAAUGAAGCAUCGACGAAGUGCCUUGGGGAUUACCGUUCAUCAAGGGAAGAUCUACGUACUUGGGGGCUACGAUGGCCACACAUUCCUGGACAGUGUGGAAUGCUAUGAUCCAGACACGGACACCUGGAGUGAGGUGACUCGCAUGACUUCAGGCCGCAGUGGGGUGGGUGUUGCUGUCACCAUGGAGCCUUGUCGCAAGCAGAUAGACCAGCAGAACUGUACCUGUUGAAGCCCAUCUGUUACUUGGGAAGCAACACCACCAAAAAGAAAACGAGAUCCAUCCACAGCAUUCUUGUUUUUGUACAAGAACAAGUGGACAGAAGAAGAGGAGGAAGGGAAGCUGGGGUCCUCUGUUCAAAUGGCAUCUGAAGGAAGAUCAGAGCAGGAACCCAAACCUGUGGACCCUCAGAGUAGCCCCAGGACCCUGCUUGAGGUGGCUUUGGCAAUACCACUCUCUUAGCAGUGAGGCUCCCACACCUACUGGUGUGGCAAAGUCACCAGCAUCCUUAGCUUCCUUUGGAGCAAAAGCAGGUGUGGAAGUCACAAUUUUUUGCACCCUGAAUCUCUGUGUCAUCAGUUCCAGGGGACAAAGGGCCAGGUGAGGCCACAGGGACGGAGGCUCCUCAGAAACUGUGUGGCCCCAGGGACGGGCCUGUACAUAAAAUUCACUGGGACACUGCCACGGACAGUCAUUUUGUUGAGUGACUUGUAACUUUCCAAUGAAAAUAAAGAACAAAUUAACUAGUGUUGUCCAUG